AUGCCGUGCAAGAGCGCCGAGUGGCUGCAGGAGGAGCUGGAGGCGCGCGGCGGCGCGUCCCUGCUGCUGCUCGACUGCCGGCCGCACGAGCUCUUCGAGUCGUCGCACAUCGAGACGGCCAUCAACCUGGCCAUCCCGGGCCUCAUGCUGCGCCGCCUGCGCAAGGGCAACCUGCCCAUCCGCUCCAUCAUCCCCAACCACGCGGACAAGGAGCGCUUCGCCACGCGCUGCAAGGCGGCCACCGUGCUGCUCUACGACGAGGCCACGGCCGAGUGGCAGCCGGAGCCCGGCGCCCCGGCUUCGGUGCUCGGCCUGCUCCUGCAGAAGCUGCGCGACGACGGCUGCCAGGCCUACUACCUCCAAGGUGGUUUCAACAAGUUCCAGACAGAGUACUCCGAGCACUGCGAGACCAACGUGGACAGCUCGUCCUCGCCGAGCAGCUCGCCGCCCACCUCAGUGCUGGGCCUGGGGGGCCUGCGCAUCAGCUCUGACUGCUCGGACGGCGAAUCGGACCGAGAGCUGCCCAGCAGUGCCACCGAGUCGGACGGCAGCCCGGUGCCAUCCAGCCAACCAGCCUUCCCCGUCCAGAUCCUGCCCUACCUCUACCUCGGCUGCGCCAAGGACUCCACCAACCUGGACGUGCUCGGCAAGUACGGCAUCAAGUACAUCCUCAACGUCACGCCCAACCUGCCCAACGCCUUCGAGCAUGGUGGCGAGUUCACCUACAAACAGAUCCCCAUCUCUGACCACUGGAGCCAGAACCUCUCCCAGUUCUUCCCUGAGGCCAUCAGCUUCAUCGAUGAGGCCCGCUCCAAAAAGUGUGGCGUCCUUGUGCACUGCCUGGCGGGCAUCAGCCGCUCGGUGACGGUCACCGUGGCCUACCUGAUGCAGAAGAUGAACCUGUCACUCAACGACGCCUACGACUUUGUCAAGAGGAAAAAGUCCAACAUCUCACCCAACUUCAACUUUAUGGGGCAACUGCUGGACUUCGAGCGGACGCUGGGGCUGAGCAGCCCGUGUGACAACCACACCCCCAGCGAGCAGCUCUACUUCUCCACGCCCACCAACCACAACCUGUUCCCGCUCAACACCUUGGAGUCCACGUGAGGCCAGGGCACAGGUGGGCAGGGAGCCGGGCCCUCCCCGGCCCUCCCCAGGGGGCCUGAGGAACUGGACAUUGCCUGGCCCAGAGGCCCCAGGCUGACUGGUGCUGAGCUCCCCACACCGUCACGGGGCGGAGCCCACAGCAGGGUCUCCCUGUGUGGGACUCUCCAGAGAGGCCCUGGGCGCUCAGACAUGGGGCUGCGACACGGGGCCACAGGAGUCCACGGGGCCUCGUCCUGUCCCCAGGACACUCCUUCCUGCUAAUGGCCCAGCCAGUUUGGCUGUUUUUAAAGACAUCUACGGACUUGAGUUUACUUUUUACUUUUGGCAGGUAAAUCCAAGCUCCCCGGAGCACAGAGAUUGUUCACGGUCUUCUCGAUUUUUUUAAUGAAAAGUGUUAUCUUCAGGUGACAUGCAACCGUGGAUUGUACAGACCAGUGUUUCACCCCUUUCUUGAUCCUGCGAGAGAGAGAAGUGUUCUCAGUUCUGUUUUUCUUUCUAUUUCCAAAAGCAAUGAUUGGUUUCUUUGUUUUCUUUUUUUUUUUUAAUGGAAAAGACAAACCCCGUGUUGAUCUUGACCAAAUGCAUUUUGCACACGUGUGACGCCUAAUUCUGCAGUGGGCCCUUCUCCAAGGGGUGGACCCCAGUCUCGCCCACACCUCCCAGCCUGGCCCGGCCAGCAGGGCCUGCGUUGGUCUGGGAUGACAGCUGCAGGUUGUGGUGCAUGGGCUAGACCGGUGGGUUUUGCAUUCUGUGCCCUCCCAACUGCCCCUCAGGUGGUCCCUGCAGACUCCCCAAGACAGGAGACUGAGGCCCUGCAGCUGUCCUGCCAGCUCUGGGGCCACAGGGACUGCCAAGCAGUAGCAUUAGCCCUCUGGGCUUGGCCCCUAGGAGGGCCUGGGCCCCGGGCCCUUUUCUAUACAUACCCACGACUUCUGUCUCUUUCUCUCUGUUUGUUUGUAACUGAGAGUGGAGGCCCAGUGGCUGGGGGAAGCUCAGGUGGGGACCAGCCCUGUCUCCCAAGUUUGCGUCCCUCACCCUGGCUGUUUUGCUUUUGUUCAGCUGCCACGCCCAGCCCCUCUGUCCCAGUGGGAGCCUGCCCAGUGCUCACCUUGCCCAUGCCUUCUAGGCCCAGGAGCCUCGUACCCAUGCCAUUUCCGUUGCAGGGCGGGCGCAGAGGGGCCAGGGCAGACAAGUGGACAGGUGUGAGGCUCGUCCUCCACGCCCCACCCCCAGCAUCCACAGAACAAAGCCACGGAUUCCGCUGUCCUCGUUUUGUUGCUCCAACCUCAGUUCUACCAGGUGUCAGGACUGCACAGGGGCCGGGGCGGGGAGCGGUGGGGCCAGGUCCCUGAGCAAGCCCAGCCGCGAGGCCGCGGCCCCUCUGCUCUACUGCAUCUUACCUCACGGGGUUGUUUUCAGGGAUUCUUCAAGGCAGCAGAUUCAAAUCUUGCCACAGUCGAGAAAUUGACAAAAAGCUUCCAUGCUGUACAUGGUUCUUUCUCUCUCUUUUUUACUUUUAAAAUGAAAAACCCAGAAAGAUGCAUCAGAUUUGUGUAAAUGAGAGUAUGCCAAGAGGGGGCCGGUUUUGCUUUAUGACCUUAUGAAGGAAAAUUUGUGACCCUACAUAUAUAUACACACACACACAUAUAUAUAUCCCGGGCCAGCAACGGGACUUUGUUUAUAUUGCAAAUAAAUAUUAUUUUUUCUUUAAA